AUGCUUGAAGUACUUGAUGUUGGAAGAAAUCAAAUUAAUGAUUCUUUUCCAUCAUUGUUAGGAAGUCUCCCAAAGUUGCAAGUUCUUGUCCUGGGGCAUAAUAAAUUUCACGGAAGCGUACUAUAUCAGAAAUAUGACCUCGGUUUCCGAUUCUUGCGCAUUAUUGACCUGUCCCACAAUCUUCAUACAGGUUGUUUACCCUCUAGGUACUUUCAAAAUUGGCAUGCAAUGAAAGUUUCAAAGGAAGAACAAUCAGGUUCAUACAAUACCUUGAUUACUUUCUAUUUUAAGUUGGGAGUAGACUAUGUUAUUUCUACACAGAAUUUCGAGUACUCCAUCACCAUAACAAACAAAGGCAGUGAAAUUAUUUAUCCAAAGAUACUUAAAGUGUUUAGGGUCAUUGACUUAUCCAGUAACAACUUCACAGGCAGAAUUCCCGAUGGCAUUGGGGAUCUAAAGGGACUACAAGCACUCAACUUGUCCAACAACAAUCUUGAAGGCAGAAUCCCACCUUCUCUAUCCAACAUAACAGAACUUGAGUCACUUGACCUUUCUCUCAACAAACUCUCAGGUGAAAUCCCUCCAGCAUUAUCACAAUUGACAACUCUCGAGGUGUUCAACAUCUCCUUUAAUGAUCAUCUCGUGGGCCCAAUACCACAAGGAAACCAAUUCAAUACUUUUGAUGAUACCUCUUUCCAAGGAAACCCAGGAUUGUGUGGAAGUCUAAUUUACCAGAAGUGCAGAAAUGAAGAUGUUAUACCACUGUCACCGCCAUCAGUGCAUAGUGACAAGAGCGAGGAUGAGGAUUCGGAACUGAUUGAUUGGAUCAUCAAAUCGCUGGGCUGUAUAUGUGGAACCAUAGUUGGCUUUGUUAUUGGGAAAAUUUACAUCACUGACAAGUACCAUGAAUGGUUUAUGGAGACCUUUGGAAGGAGGAGGACAAUGAGGAGAAAAUAAAGAAUCAAAGACACAAAUGAUAAGUUUGGCUCUAUAUGUUAUAUACUAGUAAUAUUAGACUUUUAUUUUUCUUGCUCAUGUAUGUCUAGACUACAAUUUUUUUAAUAUCACUAGCUUGUACUUAGUUCAGUAAAUA